UCUCAUUCAGUGAAUCACUGCAUCAAGGAGUCUGAUGUCGUCGCGCAUCUUCUCCCGAGCCGUGGUCUUUGUCCGGGGAAAGUCAGCAGCACCGCCGCCCUGAGGCACCUCAGUGGUCCGCAAGACGAUGGAUGACCACCCACUCCGCCUCUCCAUACAGAUGUACGCCACGAAGUCGUCGCCAUCAGUGUCGCCACACAAGACGACGACGCGGAAUGAGCUUAGGCCGCUGGUGUAGUCGAUAGUGCGGCACUCCCAUAGGGGUGUCGGCCGGAGCAUCAGAGUGGCGAUCGCAUCGUACCCGGGGGCAGACGGCUGACUGCUGUGCUCAUGAAACGACACCACAUUCGAACUCAAGUUGGCCAUCCUGAAAGGGCAGAGAGGAACAGACAGAGGGCACCGCACAUUCAUUCCUGUCUUGUUUGUUCUCUCAUUUGAAUCACUGCACACACCUCAUGUGAAUCAGUGACCGGAAACCUUGAUAGUCACAACCGGAGCCUGCAGACGCACAGACAGCGGAGAUCGCCCUUCACAUCAAGCGCGACUUCCAUAUGAAUGUUUCACCCUCCGUUCCCAUACAUACGUGCAUACAUACAUGUGCAGGCCGGGUCUGUUGGAUCGAAUCGAGAGGCGUACUCGCGCGGCACCGUCUGCUGUGUGUACAGGAUCACACCAGUCCAUCCCAAUGCCUCCUGCCCGUCUGCCAUUCGCGCCAGCUCCGUUCUGAGGCUGAGCCGAUGGCUAUACACUGAGUACCCCCGCAUGCUUCUCCAGCGCGUCAGCUCCAUCUCCCCCUCACGACCAAGUCGAUGACCAUACAAGGAGUAUUGGCGCACGGCGUCCGGUCGGCUCAGGUAGAGGGCCUUGUCGUCGCUAGCCCGUUUGACGUCAGCGGCCGUCAGACGCACAGGCAGGGACGCCACGCGGCCAGCGCUCUUGGCCAUGCGGAGGAUGGGCACAUUCUCCGCCCACUGCCCGCCGUAAGCCAGCACCCACCAGAGCCGCACUAGGUAGUGCACUCGGCUCAUCUGCUGCCCCGGCCGGUCGCUAGGCUCGUACGUCAGUACUCGGUUCAGGUGGUGUUGGCGGAGAAGCUCGGCGACGCCCCUCUCGAUGCUGUCGGCGAUGGCGGUGCUGAAUGCGAUUGUGCGGGAUGCGCCGAACAGGGCAGCGCACCCGUUGAAGUCCAGCAGCCGUCGUAGCUUGUCUGCCAGCGCCUGCAGCUCAUAGUCGCCGAGCACUUGCGCAUUCAGAAGACAGAACCUGCGCGGCUCGACUUGGAGAUACCAAGACGACGAUGAGGCCUCUGUAGCGCCCGUAGCUCCAGUCAAAAACAUCUGCAAGGAACAAAGGUCCCCC